AUGUCAUCCUCUCAGUCACUUAAUUUUUCUAUCGAAAAUUUGAUCAAUUCUUCAGAGGCAGUAAAUAUAAUUGCUUUACAAGAAGCUAUGCUUAUCAAGUUUGAAAAAACAAAUGAGAUGCUUCGAACUGUUUCUGAGCUUUCUGACGGAAGAUGUAGAAUACUGUUUACAGAACUAACUGCUCAUACAAAGACAAUAAUAUCACUAAAAAAGGAAAUGGAUGAUGUCUUCAAACGUAUCCGAUCCAUAAAAAAAUUAUUGUGUUCAAAUUUUCCAGAGGAUAUGGAAAGACUUGAUCAACAUUUUUGUAAUAGAGAUUCUGAUGAUAAAGAAGACUGUGAUGUUAUUCCGAAGGCCUUGCAGACAGAUUGCGUAACAGUCUCUAAAACAAUGGAAACAGUCUGUGAGGACUCUUCUUUGGAAUAA